AUGCCACGCCCGGAAAAUCCAGAAUACCCAAGAAGGGAUGAAAAGGUCUUCAUUUCUCCAGAAGUCCUCGAGCUAUAUACAAAGAUCCACGUCCUCCUCAAGCGAGCCGACUACCUCCCUCAAGUAUUCUCUCUGUACGCCAAUAAACCCAUUCCAGAACCCAACACAUCACCCAUCCAGUUCCGCCAACAGAACCCCAAAAGCGUGAAAAAUGCCAUCUCGUCAAAACUAGCAAAUGAAGCAUUGGAGAUUGCUCUGGAGCAGAAGAAUUUAUCGCUUGCGCUUGCUAUUAUUGACACGACGUUUUGUGCCCCAGCGUUUACAAGAGCUAAACUGUUGAAGAAUGCUGCUGUUCCUCUUGCAGGAUUGGCGACUGCGCCCUUGGCAUCUUAUGUUGUUGCGACAUGGGCUGCUAGUAUGCAAAAUACAAUGGAUCCAUCGAUGGCGACUGGCAUCACGUUCACAGCGACACUUGCAUAUAUAGGUUUUACAUCUUCUGUAGGAGUUAUUGCCAUUGCUACGAGUAACGAUCAAAUGGAGCGGGUGUCGUGGGCACCUGGUAUUCCUCUGAGAAAUCGGUGGCUUAGAGAGGAAGAGCGAGGUGCGCUCGAUAGAGUGGCAGUAGCCUGGGGUUUUAAGGAUCCAUACAGGAGAGGUGAAGAGGAGGGUGAGGAAUGGGAGAGUCUUCGUGAAUUUAUUGGUAUCAGAGGAAUGGUUCUUGAUAAGACGGAGUUAAUGGAGGGUAUGCAGUAA